GAGGCGCGAGCCAUUUCUCGGCCCCUCCCCUCCGCCGCACCCGUCGCCUCCUUCCUAUGUAUGGUAAGGCAGCCUCCCUUGGCCUCCUCCUCCCUUCCCUAUCACGCUCUCGUCCUCCCACAACGAAGCUGACGAUUCGUUCCUCCAUUCUGCCCUUCCUGUUGCCUGAGCUGAUCGGUCCCCAGCCCGGGCGAUGCGUGCAAGUGCAAUGCCGCGUGGAUCGAGCUGCUGAGCGCUGAUCACGUUUCUUUCAGGGUAUUGUGGAGAGCUUGUCCGUCUGUUUCGGCUUCUGGGGUUGAAGGACCUUGGCAUAAUUAUAUCACAAGAUGCCAGGAAUCACAGUGGAUGGAGUUGUUUCUGAGGAGGGGCCGAACGGGGUGAAUUCCUCCCAAAACAACGAAAAUUUGUCCGCCCCAAAGUCGACGGCAGCUUCAACAAUGGUGACAAGCAUGCAAAGUGAGGCACUUGAGAUGCAUGUUGAGGGUUCUGGUGCUGCGGAGCCCUCUAUCGAGCAGCUCUACAACAAUGUGUGUGAGAUGGAGAGCUCGAGUGAGGGUGGGUCCCCGUCACGCGAGAGCUUUGGGUCGGAUGGGGAGGAGUCAAGGAUUGACUCGGAACUUCGCCACCUUGUUGCUGGAGAAAUGGAGGCCAUGAAGGUGAUUGAGGAGGAAGAGGAGAGUGGGAGUGUAACCAAUGCGGUACCUGCAGCUGAUAAUGGGACCCCAGUCAAAACACAGUCUUCAAAUUCAUCCAAGAAGUCGAAGAAGGCCUCAAAAUCACAGCUUGAGUCUGAUGCCUCUGUUGGCCCCAAUGGCAAGGCGUCCCCUGAGGAAGGCGAGAGUGAGGUCAGCAAACUUGGAAGCCGAGUUGGCCGUCGACGGAAAUCAAAUGCCAAUCCACAGAAUUGCACAGAAGAUGCUGGGCUUGAUAACCCAGACCUUGGUCCAUUUCUUCUUAAACAUGCAAGAGACUUGAUUGCCUCUGAAAAUCCACGGAGAGCACUGAAAUAUGCUCUCCGUGCCACCAAGUCGUUCGAGAAAUGCGCCGGUGGAAAGCCGAGCUUGAACUUGGUGAUGAGUUUGCAUGUUGUUGCAGCAAUCUACUGCAACUUGGGAAAAUACGAAGAGGCUGUACCUGUGCUGCAGCGAUCCCUCGAGAUCCCUGUAAUUGAGGAAGGUCAGGAGCAUGCUCUUGCAAAGUUUUCUGGCUGCAUGCAGUUGGGGGACACCUAUGGGAUGCUAGGUCAGACUGCACUCUCACUGCAAUGGUAUGCUGCUGGGCUUGAAAUUCAGAAGCAAACAUUGGGAGAGCAAGACCCAAGGGUUGGAGAGACUUGCCGGUACUUGGCUGAGGCCCAUGUGCAGGCACUACAACUCGAUGAAGCACAAAGAUUGUGUCAGAUGGCUCUUGACAUCCACAGAGAGCAUGGCGAGCCAGCCUCACUAGAAGAAACAGCUGAUAGGAGGCUGAUGGGUCUUAUUUGUGACACCAAGGGUAACCAUGAAGCUGCCCUGGAGCAUCUAGUGAUGGCUAGCAUGGCCAUGGUCGCCAAUGGCCAGGAGACUGAGGUGGCCUCAGUGGAUUGCAGCAUUGGUGACAUUUACCUCUCCUUGGGUCGGUACGAUGAGGCUGUGUUUGCUUACCAGAAAGCUCUUACAGUAUUCAAGACCAGCAAAGGGGAGAAUCAUGCAACUGUGGCUUCUGUGUUUUUGCGUCUAGCGGAUCUGUACAACAAGACAGGAAAGCUGAGGGAGUCAAAAUCCUACUGUGAAAAUGCCCUCAAGAUUUAUCAGAAACCUAUUCCAGGGACUUCUCUGGAAGAAAUUGCCACUGGUUUGACUGAUGUUUCAGCCAUAUAUGAGACCAUGAAUGAGCAUGAUCAAGCACUCAAGUUACUACAGAAGGCCUUAAAAAUGUACAACAAUUCUGCCGGUCAACAGAGCACAAUUGCUGGAAUUGAGGCUCAGAUGGGCGUCUUGUACUAUAUUUUGGGCAAUUACGGAGAGUCCUACGAUUCCUUCAAGAGUGCGAUUGCAAAGCUCCGCACUUGUGGUGAGAAAAAGUCUGCCUUCUUUGGAAUUGCCCUGAACCAGAUGGGGUUAGCAUGCGUUCAAAGAUACUCAAUAAAUGAAGCUGCAGAACUGUUUGAGGAAGCUAGAACUGUUCUGGAACAAGAAUACGGGCCAUACCAUCCAGAUACUUUAGGAGUAUACAGCAAUCUUGCUGGAACUUAUGAUGCAAUGGGAAGACUGGAUGAGGCCAUUGAGAUCUUGGAAUACGUUGUUGGAAUGCGUGAGGAGAAGCUGGGCACAGCAAACCCAGACGUCAACGAUGAGAAGCGGAGGCUCGCGGAGCUACUGAAGGAGGCUGGCCGGGUGAGAAGCCGGAAGGCGAAGUCCCUGGAGAAUCUGCUGGAGACCAACCCAUAUACAGUCACCAAGAGAAAUACAGUUGCGGCAUGAAUCACUCACUGCUCUGAAAGGAAUCACUCACUGCCCUGAAUAAUGAUGGAGGAUUGUUACUAAGGUGUGCCAAUUGGUUUGUUCAGAAGGAUCAAUUAGAAUAGUGGUGUUUACGGAUCUAGAAAUAUGAAAUGUUCAAAUUGAUUGCUGUAAAGUUACAAAUGCUAGCAUUGGUUACUACUUGUUCAGUGUUCAGAUCUCCUUUUAUUGUGCUUGUGGAGGUGAGUGUCGGGUACUGUUUUUUUUUUUUUUUUUUUUUUUUGGUCUGCCUUUCUGAAUUCUGAUGUGCAGAGCUCUUUUUAUUGUGCUUGUGGAGGUGAGUGUCGGCUACUGUUCGACUAGCAGAUUGCCAUAUCGAAGCAAAUAUAUUCAGCACAGUUGUAACUGUAUUUCUUUUA